AUGAGAAGUAUUCCUUGCUUACUUUUUUACUUUCUAAAGGGGACACAAGCACAAAUCCGUAUGGAGGAUGAAUCUCCUCCUUCUCAAGGAGUCAGUGUCAAGGUAUUGGAGGCAACAUUAUUGUCAGCCUUGAAGAUGCUGGAUGUUGGGAAAUGGCCAAUUUUUUCUCUCUGUUCCCAAGAAGAGCUCAAGUUAAUUCGUCAAGCCUGUGUAUUUGGCAGUGCUGGUAAUGAAGUGUUGUAUGCAACUGAAAAUGAUGAGGUUUUUGUGCUUGGCAUGAACUGCAGUGGGUGUUUGGGAACAGGUGACAUGCAGAGCACUAUUGAACCGAGAAGGUUAGAUUCUCUAUGCGGCAAAAAGAUAGCCUGUCUGAGUUACGGAAGUGGCCCUCAUGUUGUUCUUGCUACUGAAGAAGGAGAAGUGUAUACAUGGGGUCAUAAUGCUUAUAGUCAGUUGGGCAAUGGUACAACAAAUCAUGGUUUCGUUCCCUGUCAAGUCUCUACUAACUUGGUGAACAAGAAAGUCAUUGAAGUUGCCUGUGGCUCUCAUCAUUCUAUGGUGUUAACAUCUGAUGGAGAGGUAUACACAUGGGGUUAUAAUAACUCAGGCCAAGUUGGAUCGGGUUCAACAGCUAAUCAACCAAUUCCUCGAAGAGUUACCAGCUGCCUACAAAAUAAAAUAGUAGUUAAUAUAGCUUGUGGACAGAUGUGUUCUAUGGCUGUGGUGGAAAACGGAGAGGUCUAUGUCUGGGGUUACAAUGGUAAUGGCCAGCUUGGACUGGGCAGCAGCGGCAAUCAGCCAACACCGUGCCGAAUAGCAGCUUUGCAAGGCGUUCGUGUACAGCGGGUUGCCUGUGGCUAUGCACAUACAUUAGUGCUAACAGAUGAAGGUCAGAUUUAUGCCUGGGGAGCCAAUUCAUAUGGCCAGUUAGGUACUGGGAAUAAAAGUAACCAGUCUUACCCUACGACAGUUAUUGUGGAUAAGGACAGAGUUAUAGAGAUUGCAGCCUGCCACUCUGCUCACACGUCGGCUGCCAAGACCCAGAGCGGCCAGGUGUACAUGUGGGGCCAAUGCCGUGGGCAGUCAGUGAUCCUUCCCCACCUCACUCACUUUGCCUGCACUGACGAUGUGUUUGCUUGCUUUGCUACUCCUGCUGUUAUGUGGCGUCUUCUGUCAGUAGAGCCUGAUGACCAUCUAACAGUAGCCCAGUCACUGAAGAAGGAAUUUGACAACCCUGAAACUGCAGACCUGAAGUUUCUAGUGGAUGGAAAAUACAUUCAUGUUCAUAAAGUUCUUCUCAAAAUUAGGUGUGAACAUUUUCGUUCUAUACUGAAUAAUGAUGAUGAAAUUAUAGAAAUGAGUGAAUUUUCUUAUCCUGUUUACCGAGCCUUCCUGGAAUACCUGUAUACAGACAACAUUAGGCUCCCUCCUGAAGAUGCAAUAGGACUGCUAGAUUUGGCAACACUGUAUAGAGAAAACAGAUUGAAAAAGCUUUGCCAGCAAACGAUCAAACAAGGCAUUUGUGAAGAGAAUGCCAUUGCUCUUCUUUCUGCUGCUGUCAAAUAUGAAGCUCAGGACUUGGAAGAAUUUUGCUUCAGAUUUUGCAUAAACCAUUUAACUGUUGUUACGCAAACUCAAGGCUUUGCAGAAAUGGACCACGACCUCCUGAAAAACUUCAUUAGCAAAGCAAGCAGAGUGGGAGCGUUCCGAAAUUGAGGUCUGACUACCACCAAGCUGAAGAGUGCAUCCUC